GCCUGGCUGUCGAUAGGAGAGGCUCCUGGGCCCCUGCAGGGUCGCAGUAGACGGUCUGACUUAACGUCAAACACGCAGACGGCCGAGGACGACGAAGCCCCUCCGCUCUUUUGUUUCAAAAACAAUUCCCACCCAAAGUUCCGUUAGCCAAUCACUGCCUGAUUGUGCCUAUCCAGCCUGACAGUUGCACUACUUAUCCCGUUUUCAAGUCCAAACACUAAGCCAUGGUGGGCGAUCAAGCCGGACCACCAUGUAUUCUGAUCAUGACCAGUCAUGGGUUUUGGUGGUACCAGCUCCUGGUUCCUUGCAGUGGUCUGCAUACCGCCACACAUUGCUCAGGGAGUCGAUAGAGUUAUAUAUCUUGGUAUCCCGCAUAUGGUUUGUUUCUCAUCAUACGCUCACCACAGCACACUUUCCAAGCUUUCUUCUUUAUUCCUAUUUCGCUUUUCAGUAUUUUGCCUGUGGCAGAUAUCACACUCCUUCCAAUCGCUGUGCAUUGAUACUAUCUCGAAAACUUGCUGAAUUUGAUCGCAAAUCUUCUUGGUAUAUCAAUUUUCUUGACCAGCACGACCCAGCAGUUUUCAGAUACCCACAAUCGUUCUAUCGUUUAGCCGGUCUAACGAUAUCCCAAACACCUGAUACCCAAAUCCACCACACUUUCUCAACAACCAAGAUGUUUUCCCAAGCUGCUGCUCUCCUGGCGUUCAUUGCCACUGCUUCCGCACACAUGACCAUCUUAAAUCCUGUUCCAUUCGGCAACUCCACACUCAACAGCUCCCCGUUAGAGCUCGCCGACUUUCCCUGCAAGCAACGCUCUGGCGUCUACGAUAUCACCGAGAUGAACCAAUGGAACGCGGGAGAGACUCAGACGAUAAGCUUCAGGGGAUCUGCUGUCCACGGCGGUGGCUCAUGCCAAUUCUCCAUUACUACGGAUGCAGAGCCAACCUUGCAGUCCCAGUGGAAAGUCAUUGAGAGCGUUAUUGGUGGCUGCCCUUCAAACGUCUCUGGAAAUCUGCCCACGAACGAAGACGGACGUCUCGCAGCAACCUUCCCGGUCACUAUGCCUUCAACCAUUCCUGACGGUCGGUACACUUUUGCUUGGACUUGGCUCAACAAGGUCGGUAACCGAGAAUUUUACAUGAACUGCGCACCAAUCCAGGUUGGAAGCUCUGAUUCUGCAUCUACUGCCAGCGCUGCUUCUGCUCUCUCAGCAUUUCCAGAUAUGUUUGUUGCCAACAUUCCCGCCACCUCAUGCAGCACCAGCGAGAACCAAGACUUCAACUACCCCAAUCCUGGUCAGAACGUUAUCGAGGGCGUUGGUGCUGCUCUUGGUGAUACUCUUACAGGCGCUGGAUGCACUGCAAUGACCGCGAUGGGUGCUGGAAGUGGUGAGAUUGGCACUCCUUCUCAAGGUAGUUCCUCGCAGGCUCAGUCCAGCGAUGCGUCUGUCGCCACAUCUGCGGCUGUUGCCUCAUCCGCGCCUAUUGCUUCAUCCGCGCCUGAUGCUUCAUCUGCUGCUGUUGCUUCAUCUGCGCCUGCCAUGUCGGCCGUCCAAUCGAACCCCGGCGUUUAUGCCCCUGGUGCUGCUUCCUCCGCGCCCGCAACUCAACCCUCUUCCACGGCCGCUGCUCCUUCGGCUGUGUCCUCGGAAGCUCCAUCAUAUCCCGUUGCUUCUUCUGCUCCUGCAACACAACCCUCCACCACCGCUGCCGCUGCUCAGCCUGUUGCUACUGAACAGCCAACAUCCGAUGGGGACUGCACGCCUUGCACUGAUGACGGCGCUGUCGUCUGCAUCGGCUCCAGCCAAUUCGGUCUUUGCAACCGUGGCUGCGUUGUUGCUCAGGACCUUGCUGCUGGUAUGUCUUGCACCAACGGCGUCGUUGUUGGCAGCGCUCGUAAGCGCAACGUCAACUUCCCCCGCGCCCAUCUUCACCGUCGCCACGGCUCGCGCUUCUUCUAGAUGCAACAUCCCGUUGUGUUUGAGAAGUGCUUUGUUAAAUAUUGGGUUUGGUCGCGUUGGUAUAACGCAUCAUUUGGAGUUGGGGGACGUAUUGUAUACCUGCGCAUCGUCACGCAUUUGGGAUGGUCGGAAGAGUCGGGCCACGACUCGCAAGGGGUUCUCUUUUUCAUGUUUCGUCUUUGGUUUUGCAUGGGCGCCAUCUGGGUGCUGCUUGGAUUUUCUUUUUUCUUUCUCUCGUUCGUGACUGAGCCUUGAUCGGUUCAGCAUGUCCUGUUUUUUGUGAGGGAAAGCUCUUCGUGAGCUGAAUAGUGUACAUCCUGAAGUAAGAGUAUACUGAAAAUCAAACAUUCAUUGAA